AUGAAACAUGGCUCAUUGUGUACAACGAGUUUGGUGGAUGGUAUAAAAGCAUUUUCGCAAGUGGCAACACAGGUAAAGGAAAAUGAUGAAUGGGCAGCACUAAAGAAGGCUAAAAGAUACCCAGUCAUAUUAAUUAUUGAUGAGAUGUUAGACACAUUUCCAUGGGAAAUGUUGCCGAUAUUAAACCAUCAGCCCGUAUCCAGAAUGGAGAACAUACACUUCACCUACGCUCUUUACAAGAUUCACGAAAAAGACUUCAUAGAUGGAUAUUUUGCUGCUAAGUCCGACGUCGGCAGAUAUAUCAUUAAUCCAGAAAAGAAUCUGGACCGCAUGGAGAAGCGUAUGGCUUCAUUCGUACAGUAUUGGUGCUCGAAUUGGACUGGCCACAUUGGAGAACCGCCAUCACCUGAAGACUUUCUGCGAUAUCUGACUGAAUCAGAUAUAUAUUUGUACUGCGGUCACGGGGACGGGUGCCACCUGGCAGGGAGUGGGGCCGGCGCGGGGGUCGAAGGCGUGCCUGUGCGCGGCCUGACGCUGCUGUCCGGCUGCGGCUCCGUGCGCCUAGCGCGCCCGCCUGGCCGGGCGCCUCCCGCCGCCGCGCACCACCACCUGCACGUGGCCGCCAGUCCUAUGGUGGUGGGCAUGCUGUGGGAGGUGACGGACCUGGAAGUAGACAAGGUAGUGAGCACGCUGCUGUCACUGUACGUGCCUUCGCAAGCCCAAGUGCCUUGGCAAUGCGUUGGAAAAGCGGCCUGGAGUCGAGGACGCCUGGACACAAACGUUGAGCAGAAGUCUCCGUUCGUUCCCGAGCGCGACUUGCUACGCGCGGUGUCGAGGUCUCGUGCCGCGUCCAACUUCACGAUGAUCGCCAGCAGCCUGGUAGCGAGGGGAUUGCCGAUACGGAUAUGUGAAGAUUAG